GUCUCCACCCCCCCGCCGGCCGAUCAGGGGCUUCCUCCUCCUCCUCUUGCAAAAGUUUCGAUCGCCACGUGGGUCCCUCGUGCAAGGCCGGGGGUGGGCAGGGCCGCCCGGCGCGGGUUUUUGAGCCCCUCCCGGCGCCAUCGGAGCGGCACUGAGCGCAGUAGCAGCAGCAGCCGCCGGCGGAGGAAGGGGAGGAAUCGGACGCGCCAUGGCCUCCGCCGAGAUCCUCAGCGGCAAGACCGUUUCCGCGCAAGUACGGGAGAGAUUGAAGAACCAAGUGGCGAACAUGAAGGAGAAAGUCCCUGGAUUCAGGCCGGGACUUGCAAUUUUGCAGGUUGGUGAUCGGGAUGAUUCAAAUCUCUACAUUAGCAUGAAACUGAAGGCGGCUGCUGAGAUUGGGAUCGAUGCCAAUCACAUCAAGCUGCCAAAUACCGCAUCAGAAGCUGAGGUGCUGAAGUGCAUUAACGCGCUGAACGAAAAUCCAGCCAUUCAUGGAUUUAUCGUACAGCUGCCUCUGGAUUCGAACAAGCCCAUCAACACGGAGAAAAUAACCAACGCUGUGGCACCCGAGAAGGACGUGGAUGGCUUGAGCAGCAUCAAUGCAGGGAAGCUUUCGCGAGGUGACCUUGGAGACUGCUUCAUCCCCUGCACACCCAAAGGGUGUAUGGAACUCAUCCGGCAAACAGGUAUCCAAGUGGCAGGCAAGAGAGCCGUGGUGAUUGGACGGAGUAAGAUCGUCGGGGCGCCCAUGCAUGACCUUCUGCUCUGGAACCACGCCACCGUGACCACAUGCCACUCCAAGACGGCAUCGCUGGCUGAGGAAGUCAGUAAAGCAGAUAUCUUGGUGGUUGCGGCUGGCAAAGCUGAGAUGGUGAAAGGGGAGUGGAUUAAACCUGGCGCAGUCGUGAUAGAUUGUGGGAUCAACCACAUACCAGAUAGCACAAAGGCCAGCGGGAAAAGGGUAGUGGGCGAUGUGGCUUACAGUACAGCCAAGGAGAGGGCCUCUUACAUCACCCCAGUGCCUGGUGGAGUCGGACCAAUGACUGUGGCCAUGCUGAUGCAGAGCACCGUAGAAAGCGCCCAGCGUUUCCUAGAGAAACACCAGCCCGGCAAGUGGGAUAUUCAGUACAACCAGCUUAGUCCCAAAGUCCCUGUUCCGAGUGACAUCGAAGUCUCUCGGUCGUGCGUUCCCAAGCCCAUCGGCCAGCUGGCCAGAGAGAUCGGCUUGCUCGCCAACGAGGUGGAGCCGUACGGCCAGAGCAAGGCCAAGAUUUUGCUGUCGACCCUGGAACGUCUGAAAGCCCAGCUGGAUGGCAGAUACGUUGUAGUCACGGGGAUAACCCCCACACCUCUGGGAGAAGGGAAGAGCACCACGACGAUUGGGCUGGUUCAAGCCCUGGGAGCACACCUUGGUCGGAACGCCUUCGCCUGUGUCCGGCAGCCAUCCCAGGGACCCACUUUUGGAAUUAAAGGAGGUGCCGCUGGAGGGGGCUAUUCUCAGGUUGUUCCUAUGGAGGAGUUCAAUCUCCAUCUCACUGGGGACAUUCAUGCCAUUACGGCGGCCAAUAACCUGGUGGCUGCCGCCAUUGAUGCCCGCAUUUUUCAUGAAGCGACACAAUCAGAUCAGGCUCUUUACUCUCGCUUGGUUCCUUUGAUCAACGGUGCCAGGAAGUUUUCUGAUAUCCAGAUCCGGAGGCUGCAGAGAUUACAUAUUAAGAAAACGGACCCAGACUAUUUGACGCCAGAUGAGAUAAAGAAAUUUGUGAGACUGGAUAUUGAUCCAGCGAGCAUAACAUGGGCAAGAGUGUUGGACACGAGUGACCGGUUUCUGCGGAAGAUCACUAUCGGCCAGUCUCCAACAGAGAAAGGGCAGAGCCGCACGACCCAGUUUGACAUCACGGUAGCCAGUGAGAUCAUGGCCGUUUUAGCGCUCUCGGACAGCCUGGAAGACAUGAGGAGACGGCUGGCCAAAAUGGUGGUUGCUUCGAGUAGAGAAGGUGUCCCAGUAACCACUGAAGAUCUGGGCGUGAGUGGUGCUCUAACGGUUCUGAUGAAAGAUGCUAUUAAACCAAACCUCAUGCAGACUUUGGAGGGUGACCCAGUGUUCGUCCACGCUGGUCCAUUUGCCAACAUUGCUCACGGGAACUCUUCUGUCCUGGCAGACAAGAUUGCCCUCAAACUAGUUGGCAAGGAUGGGUUUGUGGUGACGGAAGCUGGCUUUGGAGCAGAUAUAGGCAUGGAAAAGUUCUUUGACAUCAAGUGCCGGUAUUCUGGCCUCCACCCCCAUGUGGCCGUCUUGGUUGCUACCGUCCGAGCUCUAAAAAUGCACGGUGGAGGACCCACGGUCACAGCUGGAGUCCCCUUGCCAAAAGAAUACACAGAAGAGAACCUUCAGCUUCUGGCCAAGGGUUGCUGUAACUUAAACAAGCAGAUCCAAAAUGCCCGGACCUUUGGCGUUCCAGUCGUCGUGGCAGUCAACGCAUUCAAAUCGGACACGGAGGCGGAGUUGCAGCUGGUCAUGCAGCUGGCGAAGGAAGCUGGAGCUUUCGAUGCUGUGAAGUGCACCCACUGGGCCGACGGGGGGAAAGGAGCCAUAGCACUGGCAGAAGCAGUACAGCGGGCCUCGCAGGCCCCAAGUAACUUCAGAUUCUUGUAUUCUGUGGAGCUGCCCAUUCUAGACAAGAUCAGAAUUAUCGCACAGACAAUAUAUGGGGCAGACGAUGUUGAAUUGUUGCCGGAAGCAGAGCAGAAAGUGAUUUUAUACACUAAGCAGGGAUUCGGAAACUUGCCCGUCUGCAUGGCAAAAACCCACCUGUCGUUGUCCCAUGACCCAGAACGGAAAGGCGUGCCCACAGGUUUCAUCCUGCCCAUCAGAGACAUCAGAGCCAGCGUGGGUGCGGGAUUCUUGUAUCCGUUAGUAGGAACGAUGAGCACAAUGCCCGGCCUUCCGACUAGGCCUUGCUUCUAUGACAUCGACCUGGACCCAGUGACUGGAGAGGUGAACGGCCUGUUCUGAAGAUCCAGAGUGAUAAUGUCCAUCUGACAAGGCGUGAACAUUACAGCAAGAUCUGAACUCACUGGAAACUAGAAGGCUUUGGGGAAACGUUAUCUUCCUGCAAUUUUUUAAAAAGAAAUCUGCAAUCCUGCAGUUUGAUUGAGUGAUUUGCUUUUUCACUCCUUUGCAGAGGAAACUCUGUACAGCAUUCUUUUAAUUACUGAUAACCUUUUUUUUUUUAAAGCUGGCUCAUAAGAUGACUUACAGUAGCCAGCCGCCAGCUCAUUGUCUCUGAUAAAGGCUGACUUUUAAUAUUUUUUUUACUAAAUCUUCUUUUAGAGGAUCUGUGAUCUAGUUAACAGUGGGCACAUUCCUCUGAAAUGAUAGCAAGUAACUCUUCCCAUGUACCAAGCUCCUUACAGAUCUGAAAUCUGGAAUCAAGGCAGGGAUAUCGUAGACUUCGCCUCCAGUUUGGCUGCUGUCUAGCUUUCUAACAUAAGGCCGCGUAACAGCUGGUCUAGCAAUUCCAGCCUCUGAAAAAUUUCAGAAUUCUGUUUUUUCCCCCUACGUGCCUGGCAGGGCCCACAACACAUUGCUGGGGGUGCUGGAUUGAGCUUGGCAAUUUUGCUGUUGCUUGAGUAUGUCGUCUAGCCCAGCGGGGAAUUCGCCUCCGGUGGUGGCACCCCAUAACAUCGGGGCAGAGCCGUGCGUCACCCCGCGCACCACUCACUUAAGCAGCUCUCGCAAACCCUGUCCUUGUGACUUUUGAGCACAGGUACGCAAAGACUCUCGCUUUGCGAUUAGACUGGUCUUUGAUAACACUGCCUUAAAACGCACACCUGUUUUAUUCAGCCUCCUCCCUCCCUUUUAUUGCAGUGUCCAAAACCAGUAUUUCUUUUUUUAACAAGCAUCCUGCUUUCCUAACAAGCACGGAGCCUGGCGUGUAGUCCAUGCCUGCUGCAGCCAAAGAGGACCCUUAAUCUUGCAAUCAUCUCCAUCCCAGCUGCAGUGGCGCCUCGCCCCACACGAUUUGUCGCUUUUAAAUAGUUUUCACUGGGGACGUUCCAGGUGCUUUGAAGUCUAGACACUGUCUUUUUCCUGACUGCUGCGAUUAUAACUUCAGAUUUGCUUUCACGAUUGUGCCUGUCGUGGGGAUGGGAAGUGGAGGUUUGGUCCUUCUGAGCUGCACAUUCCAAACGGGGUGGGUGUCCAUGCCGAUUACGGCCACACUGUAGAAACUACAGGGGGAUUCAGGAUGACCGCAGGAAUAUUCCCCUCCAAAGGACACCUGGUCCCCCAAGAAUACCCCUUGGUUUCCCAAGACAGCCUUACUGCACCCAGCUGGGAAUGGGGGGAACCAGAGCUCACUUUGAAGCAGGAACUCCUUUGCAUAUUAGGCCACACCCCCUGAUGUAGCCAAUCCUCCAAGAGCUUAGAGUAGGCCCUGUACGAAAAGCCCUGUAAGCUCUUAGUACAGGCCUACUGUAAGCUCCAAGAGGAGUGGCUACAUCAGGGGGUGUGGCCUAAUAUGCAAAGGAGCUCCUGCUCCCAACUGAGCCCUGCAGGGAACUAUCAUAGGAAGCUGCUAUCUUGAUGACAGCUUAAGACAUACUUGCCAGUAUUCAGAUUGCACCUGUUUGGUGGAGAAAACCGUCAAGAUGGAGUAGAACACUUUGCUCCUGAGCAUCUUUUUAAGUCAACUUUCCGGGGCUGGGGAUAUCAGAGUAGACCUGCUUCUGGAUAAGCCUAGAUCCCGAUCCCCGGAUCAGCAGUCACCUUUGCUGUUUGCGCCAAUGUUGCAUGCAGAAAUUAGGGUGUAAUCCUGCUUGCUUUUAAAAAAAAGUAAUUAAAUGCCUUCAAGCCUCGUUGUGACGAGACUGGAUCUCCCACGACAGCAACUAGAGGAAAGAACAUGUCCUCUGGUUGUCUUCUAACAGGUCCCAAGCCAGAUUUUUAAAUUUUUCCACAGCGUUUUUAAAUGUCACUUCUUUGGAUCAAACAAAGGUGCAAAGAGUCUUGGUUUUUUAAAAAAAUCGGAGCCAUCAUGUGCCUCUCUUCCCGGCACUGAAGCAUCCCACGCUGCUUUGGGUAUUUUAAUGUGAAAAAUGUAACUGCUGCCAGACUUGUAAUUAACACAAAUAAACUGCGACAUCCUUGAA